AUGGCCACCACACGGUUUGCCACCGAGCUAGCCCGGGCAAACAUCCGCGAGAGUGUGCAAGCUGCACUUGCGUCAUCGCCUAUGGACGCAGAGCAUGUUGUCCGUGCUGUGGCCUGUGGCGAGACCGAGCGCCUUGUCCGUCUCACCGAUGCCGUGCCUGCCGAGCUCACCGCCGCCGCCGCCGCCGCCUCGCGGGUCGUCUUCCCGGAUCGGGCUCGGCGGACGAGUGUACUGGCGCUGUGGAAGGCGACACAGGUCGUGCGCAUCCCCACGGGCCUCCCUGGCCUCGACCAUGUCCUCGGCGGUGGCCUCCCACCCGGCAUGGUCACCGAGCUCGUCGGCCUGCCCGGCGCCGGCAAGACCCAGAUGUGCAUGGGCCUGGUGCUCGAGGCCCACGCCCUCGCUGCCAAGCAUGCCCUCCAUGCCGAGCUGGCCGCAAGUCAGUCGUCGACCCAGGCCCACCCAGCCGCUGCUGCAGCUGCCGCCGGUGGCAAGACGGUGUACAUUGAUGCCGAGGCGGCGUUCUCGGCCUUUCGGCUGGUGGAGAUGGCUCGGUUCCGAUACCCAGAGGUGUACGCAGGCAACGACGAGGCGCUGCGCUCGCUGACAGAGUCGGUUCUGGUGUACUCGGUGGCUACCUCUGCGGAGCUUGUGGAGCUGCUGGCCUCGCUGGAGGAGACCGUCAUUGCUGAGAGCGUGGGUCUGGUGGUGGUCGAUUCGGUCGCGGCCCUCGCCCGCAACGAGUUUGAUCGCGCCUCGCUCCCACAGCGACAGUCGCGGCUCUCCAAGCAAGCAUCGCUGCUCAAAUGGCUGGCGUCAGUCUUUUCCAUUCCGGUCGUCGUCACCAACCACGUCUCCAAGCACAUUGCGUCGACGACCGACGUUGUGCCGGCGCUCGGCAACACAUGGUCGCACGCCGUCAACAUCCGCCUCGUCCUCGCUGCUCUCUCUGACACAACCUCGCAACUCUCCGUAGUCAAGUCGCCGUCGGCGCCGCCCGGUCUUGCCUCCUGCUACGCCAUCGGCAAGGCCGGCGUGUACCCGGUCACGGCCGAGUCGGGCCCGGGCUAA